ACUUAUCUGCAACAUCAUUAGCUGAAGAUGGUUGGAUCUCUGUUUAAAUCCAUUUGGGGAUCAAAAAAUGGACUUAUUCUAUUCUUCACUCCGUUUCUUCUCCUCCCGUUGCCUCUGGUUGUUGGAACUACGGAGGCCAGCUGUGCAUAUGUUAUUGGGCUGAUGGCAGUUUACUGGUGUACAGAGGUGCUGCCAUUGGCUGUCACUGCUCUCUUACCUGCUGUGCUCUUCCCACUGUUUGGCAUAAUGGAGUCUAAAGAUGUGUGUAUGCAAUACCUGAAGGACACAAACAUGCUGUUUUUGGGUGGAUUGAUGGUGGCUGUGGCUGUAGAGCACUGGAACCUUCACAAACGCAUUGCACUGCGAGUUCUGCUGAUUGUUGGAGUCCGGCCUGCUCUGCUGAUGUUGGGCUUCAUGAGUGUGACUGCAUUCCUGUCUAUGUGGAUCAGUAAUACUGCCACUACGGCCAUGAUGGUGCCCAUUGUUCAGGCAGUCCUGGAGCAGCUCAACACAACUGGAGAGGAAGAACCUGUAACCAUUCCCUCUAUAGAUAAUGAGGAAAAACUGCCUGAGAAACAGGCUGAUGGCCAGGUGGUUCUAAAAGGCCUCAGUUUUUCAAUGGAGGCUGAUGCAGUGGACAAGUCCAGGGAAGCCAAGGAGAAGUUGAGCAUGUGUAAGGGAAUGACACUCUGUGUCUGUUAUGCUGCCAGCAUUGGUGGCACAGCUACAUUAACUGGCACCGGCCCCAACCUGGUCCUAACGGGACAGAUGAGCGAGCUUUUUCCAGAGAAUCCAGAUGUUGUGAACUUUGCCUCCUGGUUUGGGUUUGCCUUCCCCAACAUGGCUAUCAUGCUCUUUGCAGCUUGGAUCUGGUUGCAGUUUGUUUUUCUUGGCUUUAAUUUCAGGAAAACAUGGGGCUGUGGCUCAGUAAAGACAGAGAAAGAAAUUGCUGCAUAUAAAGUGAUCUAUGAGGAGCAUCGAGGUCUCGGCCCAAUGUCUUUUGGGGAGAUCAGUGUUUUAACACUCUUCAUUCUGCUAGUGGUGCUGUGGUUCACACGUGAGCCGGGCUUUGUGGUUGGCUGGGCAACGCACCUCUUCAACAGAGAAAAGGAGUACGUGACAGAUGCAACCGUGGCAGUGUUCGUAGCUGCUCUGCUGUUUGUGCUUCCCUCUAAACCGCCUAGACUGUUUACCUGGAGGUCACAAAGCUUUGAUACAAUACCCCAGACUGACAGUGAACCAAGAACAGCUUUGCUGACCUGGCAGGUGGUUCAGAAGAAGAUGCCAUGGAGCAUAAUAUUGCUACUUGGAGGAGGUUUUGCUCUGGCCAAGGGCAGUGAGGACUCAGGAUUAUCCAGCUGGCUUGGAAGUCAGAUGACUCCACUCCAAACCAUUCCUCCAUGGGCUAUUGCUAUUAUUGUGUGUCUGAUGAUAGCCACCUUCACUGAGUGCGCAAGCAAUGUGGCCACAGCUACCCUGUUUCUGCCUAUCCUUGCCUCUAUGUCCCAGUCUAUAGGUGUGAAUCCACUGUACGUCAUGAUUCCCUGCACCCUUAGCGCUUCUUUUGCUUUUAUGCUGCCAGUGGCAACCCCUCCGAAUGCCAUUGUUUUCUCCUAUGGGUACUUGAAGGUGUCAGACAUGGCCAGGACAGGUAUUGUCAUGAACAUCAUUGGUAUCAUGUGCAUAACCCUGGCAAUCAACAGCUGGGGGAAAAUCAUUUUCAGUUUAGACUCCUUUCCCACUUGGGCUAAUGUCACAGAGGUUUGAGAGAGUGGACUCCACCAGCAGAACAUCCAUGAUGCUGUAUUCUCAGUGUCAUCUCCUGUCUCCACUAAGUUGCUUUAAGCUAAAAAACUGAAGGUGGCACCAACACAUCACACCAGUGACCGGUUUUGUGGAUGAGCCAUGAGCUAAUACACUGUGCCAGGUGGACAUGCAGUUUAUUAAUACAUUUGUAAUGUGCAAAUAGCAAUAGCUGUACAGUAACUACCUUAAUGACCAAUUUUAUAUAAGGGCUACAAUCGUAUUUGUAUAAGAUUUUUUAAAUAUUAUAUUUAUAUGCGUACAUGUAAAAGGGUAUUCUAUUAUUACUGCUUAUUAUUGCUAUGAUUAGCUAUUCAGGUGAGCUUAUUUUUAUUAUAGUAUUUGUUUAUGUAAUAUAAAUGAUAAAAAUGAAAUAUUUUUCCAUGGUAGUGCAGGUCUGUAUUAAUUUGGAAUUAAGCUGGUUUGCCAAUUUUUUCAAUAAUGUGUGUUGUUUGUGCUUCUCUGUUGUCUUAUAUUAAGUUUUAUGAAGGCACUUAAAGUGACACAUUGAGCCAAAAAGUCACUAACUGUAUAUUUUUAUUACAUAUAUUUAACAAUGUCUAAUAGCUUUUUAAUUACUUUUACUUCAAAUGUCUUUUAAAAUAAUUACUAAAUUCUAAUGCAUUUACAUUUGUUAGUUUUAUACUUGAAUAUAUGUUAGUUUUAACAUGAAAAUACAGUGGUGCAACAGUUGGUGUUGGUGCUUUGUAUUAACAUGGGUCUUGGGAGUUGUUUGAUACUUGCUUAAGAAGUUUUGCAUGUUUUCCCUGUUUUUUGGUAUUUCAGUAAACUCCUUAAGACGAGCAGGGAGUGGCUACUCACUUAAGAACUGGUGUAGGUUAGUAAAAAUGUAAGUGAUAGCUCAACAGUUAAGGUACUGGACUAGUAAUCAGAAGGUUGGUGGUUCUGUUGGGCCAUUGAACAAGGCCCUUUAUCCUUCAAAAGGCAGCAUACGCCCUGGACAUGUCAUCAGUCCAUAACAUGGCAGAGACAGACACACCUACACAGAGGGCAAUUUUAGUUGCUCCAGUUAGCCUGAGGAAACCGGAGCACCAGAAGAAAACCCACGUGGAGACGGAGAAUAUGCAAACUUCACUCAGAAAGGACCCUGGCUGCUGGGUAAUCAAACCCAGACAUUUCUGCUGUUAGGCGACAGCGCUACCCAUCGCCACAAGUACUGCCCACAGUGUUGCCAACUCCUCAGUAAGGAAAGUAGCUAUUGGCUGUCCUAGAAGUCGCUAAAUGACGUCAUUGCCUAAUUUGCAUAUGAUUUUGUAUGAUAUUUGCAUGUAAUUGACGCUGUAGAAGAGGAAUAACAUCGUGGGAAAGACAAAAAGUGGGUAAAAAAAACACCCUAAAUAUGUUUAGAACUAUAAAUGAACAUUCUUCUGUUAA